AUGGCGACGACCAUUGUGCUUUGCGACCGCUGUACAGUGGGGAAAACCAAGAGAAUAAAGCUUGAUUCGAUAAAUUUAAGUGACAAUGUUGGUAAAUUACGUAUUGCUGCAUCACAGAAGACGAACUUGCCAAAGGAACAAAUAGAGCUAAUUUACUGUGGACGAUGUCUCCAAGAUGAUGAAACGUUGGAGUCCUAUGGAGUGAAGCCAGGGACAACAGUUCAUGCACUGAAGAAGACCAACAUAGAAGACAAUGAACAGCCACUUGAAAAAAUGGAUAAAGCAUCUAUCCAACAAGUGGUGACAGCUCUCCAAGCUGCCAUAAUUAACCCUAGUCACAGGGCAGUGUUGGAACAAAUGUUGAAGAACUCUGAAACUGUAGAUAAUAUAAUAGCUGCCACUCCCAAACUAGACAAAGACCCAGUGGCUGUGGCCAUGAUCCAGGACCCUGAGUUGAUAGCUAUGCUGGCAGAUCCAAACAUGGUGCACAAAGUAAUUGAGGCCCACCCGUCUCUUGCCCAUGCAGCCAUGCACGUGGCGGCUGCUGUGAACGAAGCAGGAGCCAAGGCAGGACCUAGCACCCCUAGCAGGACACAGACAAGGAGUACAGGGACCUUUUCACUAGAUCAGAUGUCUGAUGAUGAAGAUCUGAUGGAGCAGGUACAGCCAGCAGCAGGUGGGCCAGCAGGUGCCCCAUUAUUAGGUCAGUCUCCAGGAGGGAUCACAGCAGCUCACCUGGCAGCAGCACUGGCAGCAGCAGCAGGAAGAUCUAGGCCCCCUGAUGGUAGUGGUCCGUCCACCAGUGGUCAGGGUCCGCCAGUGAUCACCUCGGACUUCUUUGCCCAGGCCAUGCAACAAGUGGCUCAGUCCCCCAAUAUGACUGGACCCCAUGUGUCUGGACCUCAGCCACCAUCACAG